AUGAGUUCUCUAAUAUCAACAUAGAUUCAAGAACCCUAAAUUAAUCCUCAACUUGCUCCUAUUAUAGCUAAGCAAUUAUAAAUGAUUAUCAAAUAACCUAUUGAUGGUGUUCAUAUUAUUUUUAAUGAAUAAGAUGUUUUUGAUAUUCAAGCUGAUAUUGAUGGUCCAGUCGACACUCCAUUCCAAGGUGGUGUAUUUAGAUGUAAAUUGAUCUUGCCACCUCAAUUUCCCUAGAUGGCUCCUAAAGGACUAUUUAACACUAAAAUCUUUCAUCCAAACGUAUCAGAAAAAGGAGAAAUUUGCGUGAAUACAUUAAAGAAAGAUUGGAAUCCACUCUAAUGGUCACUAAAAAAUAUAUUCGAAGUUAUAAAAUGCUUGUUAAUUGUUCCUUUUCCUGAAAGUUCUUUAAAUGAAGAAGCUGGAAAAUUAUUUAUGGAAAAUUAUGAUGAAUAUUUUAAAAGAGCAAAAUUAUUAACAUCUAUUUACGCAUUAAAACAAGAAGCAAAUAUUUUAAAAGGAAAUAAUCAAAUUGCAUUUGAUGAUAUAGAUAAAAAAAAUAAAGUAAAUUAAAUUUAAUAAAAAAAAGAAAAUGAUUAAAAGAAAUGGUUAAAAAGAAUAUGAAUACUUAUCAUUAAUAAAUAAAUUAUUAGUAUAUUUG